AUGGAGGACCAACGUUCCCUCAGCAUCCACUCCUUCCAGACCCUGGGGCUCCACAACAGCAAGGCCAAGUCCAUCAUCACCAACAAAGUGGCGCCCGUGGUCAUCACGUACAACUGCAGGGAGGAAUUUCAGAUCCACGAUGACCUGCUGAAGGCCAACUACACGGUGGGACGCAUUUCCGAGGCCACACUGGAACACUACCUUGUGCAGGGGAAAUAUUUCAUGGUCAGGGAUGUAUACGGCAAAUUAGACGUCUUGAACACUACCGGCAGCUGCGGCGCUCCCAAUUUCCGACAAGCCAAAGGAGGUUACGCCGUGUUCGGCAUGGGGCAACCCAGCCUCAACGGCUUCAAGCUCGUGCUGCAGAAGCUGCAGAGAGAGGGCCACAAGGAGUGCGUCUUCUUCUGCGUCCGCGAGGAACCCGUGGUCUUCCUGCGGUUGGAAGGGGAUUUUGUGUCCUACACCCCCCGGGGCAAGGAGAACCUCCACGAGAACCUCCAGCGCCUGCAACGGGGACUGCGGGCGGAGAGCCUGGAGCUGGCCAUCCGCAAGGAGAUCCACGACUUUGCGCAGCUGAGCGAGAGCGUCUACUACGUCUACAACGACAUCGAGCGCUUGCGGGACGAGCCCCACGCCGUGCGGGUGCAGUGCGAGGAGGACAUCCAGGUGACGGAGGAGGUCUACCGCAGACCCAUCUUCCUUCUGCCCUCCUACAGGUACCACCGGCUGCCCCUGCCCACCGAGGGAGCCCCUUUGGAGGAGCAGUUUGAUGCUUUCAUCCGCUUCCUCAGG